AUGGAGAAGUGGAGCUUAAUGGCAAUUACUGUUUUACUAGCACUUACUGUACGCUGGACUGUAUCGCUUGGUUCUUAUUCAGGUGCGGGAAAACCGCCUAUGUAUGGAGACUAUGAAGCUCAGAGACACUGGCAAGAAGUUACUUACAAUUUGCCCAUCAGGCAGUGGUACUUCAAUACAAGUGAUAACAACUUACUGUACUGGGGCCUUGAUUAUCCACCUCUUACUGCCUAUCACAGUUUUGUAUGUGCUUACAUUGCAAAGUUAAUAAAUCCUGAUUGGAUUGCUCUGCAUACAUCUCGGGGGUAUGAGAGUCAGCCACAUAAGUUAUUUAUGCGUGCAACAGUGUUUGUUGCUGAUUUGCUGGUUUAUAUUCCUGCAGUUAUUUUAUAUUGUUUUUCCUUGAAAGAAACAUCUGCUAAAAAGAAGGUUUCCAGUGCUCUCUGUAUACUGCUCUAUCCAGGCCUCAUUCUUAUUGACCAUGGACACUUCCAAUACAACUCAGUAAGCCUUGGCUUUGCCUUGUGGGGUGUACUUUAUUUGUCUUAUGAUUGGGACCUUUUGGGGUCAGUAGCAUUUUGCUUGGCCUUAAAUUAUAAGCAAAUGGAACUCUACCAUUCUCUGCCCUUUUUUUGCUAUUUACUUGGAAAGUGCUUCAAGAAGGGACUGAAAGGAAAGGGAUUAGUAUUGUUAACUAAAAUAGCAGGGACAGUGGUGGUUUCCUUUGCUGUCUGCUGGCUGCCGUUCUGUACCGACAUGGAACAAACCUUUCCCAUUGACCGAGGCUUGUUUGAGGAUAAAGUAGCCAAUAUUUGGUGCAGUUUAAGUGUCCUUAUAAAGAUAAAGAAUAUAAUAUCACCUCAAACUCAACUAAAACUCAGUUUUGCUGUAACAUUCCUGAGCCUGCUUCCUACUUGUAUAAAACUAACCGUCCAGCCUUCUCUCCGAGGAUUUAAAUUUGCUUUGGUUAGUUGUGCAUUGUCAUUUUUCCUGUUCUCCUUUCAAGUACAUGAAAAAUCUAUUCUUCUAGUGUCAGUACCAGUCUGCUUAAUCAUAAAUGAAAUCCCUUUUAUGGCUACGUGGUUUUUACUUGUGUCAACUUUCAGUAUGUUGCCUCUUCUACUGAAGGAUGUCUGCGUGGCUUCCUUUUCCAUAUUUGAGAAGACUUCAGCAGAGGACCUGCAGCUGAAGCCAUUCUCCCUUUCCCUGAAGGGAUAUGUUUCUUGGUUUAAGUCAUUUCCCAAGAUUGUCAGGAGUCUGUUUCUUCUUUCCGUAACCCUGAUGGGCGUCCUGUCUGUAAUGAGCGCUGCCGUGCAUCCUCCACAGAGGUUACCGGAUUUAUUCCCUGUAUCUGUGUCCGUUAUUUCUUGCUUACACUUUUUAUUAUUUUUGGUGUAUUUUAAUGUUGUUUUACUCUGGGACUCAAAGAAUAGUAGAAGUCAGAAGAAAAUCAGUUAA